ACAAAAAUCAUCCAUUUUGCCAGCAAACGAAAUUCUGUCAAUAUGAAUCUCGAAUAUGUUCUCAAACUUGGAAUCCAAUUAUUGGAAAUAGUCUGCUUACUAUAUGGACUAAAAUACGUGUUUAAUGUGAUCUAUGUUGCGUACAUUGGACCCCUCAGCAAAAUUCCUGGACCAAAAAUAAGCUUCCUAACUAACUUAUAUAUCUAUAUAAGGCAGAUAAAUGGCAAAAGGUGGAAAUGGUUACAAUACGAGAUUCAUCCAAAGUACGGUCAAGUGGUUCGAGUUUCACCAAGUUUGGUUGUAAUUUCAGACAAAGACAUUCUCAAACAGAUUUUGGUGACGAAUGAAUUGCCUAAAAAUAAGAAUUAUGAAAAAUUACGCACCGACAAAAACUAUUCCACCCUAUUCAACACGAGCCUCAUGGACUUAUGUUGCCUAGAUUUGACAGAGAAAAUCGAUGAAAUAAUUGCAUUGAACGGCUCGAAAGAUGCCGUCGUUGAUAUUUAUAAUUUGAUUCAUUUAAACGCAUUGGACAUAAUUGGAGAGACAUCAUUUGGUGGCUCAUUCAAGUUGGUAAAGUAUGGAAGUCAUCCUCUACCUGGCAAAGUGUUCAAAGAGUUUAGAAGAAGAGUAUUGAAAGCCAUGUUUCCUGCCUUUGGUCAAUUCUUGAAAAUAGAUCCUUAUCUUGUAGAUUUCACGAAAGAAAUAAUAAAAAAACGUAGACAAUCGACCUCCACGAGAAAAGAUUUAUUGCAAGCUCUAUUGGAUGCGAGAGACUCGGAUGGCAAUGGAUUGUCGGAUUUUGAAAUCUUCGACCAAUGCUUUGAGUUCUUACUCGCUGGAAGUGACUCGACCAACUUUGCAACUUCAAUGACAUUAAUUGAAUUAAUCAGGCAUCCUGAAGCAUAUCAGAAGUUGGCCGAAGAACUCGAUAAAGUGGCUUCGGAAUAUGACCCAAAUAAAAAUUUGAUUCCACCCUAUAAUAUUUUGAAAAAUUUGCCUUACCUAGACGCUGUUAUCAAUGAAGGUCUCAGACUUUAUCCUUCCACUAGAGAUUUUGGUCCAGGAAAAGAAACCGUAGAAGAUAUGGUAAUAGGUGAUUACUUAAUUCCGAAGGGCACAUUUCUCAUUGCAAACAUAUUUGCUGUACAACGCUUGAAAGAAUAUUGGGGCGAAAACUCGAAUGAGUUUGUUCCGGAGCGAUGGUUGAAUCCCGAGAAUAUACCGACCAAUGGAUUUAUUCCAUUUUCGGCUGGAUCCCGGAAUUGCAUCGGGCUCAAUUUCGCGCGGAUGGAAAUGAAGCUCACAGUCUCGGCAUUAGUGUUGAAAUAUGAAUUUGAAGAUAUCCCUGGUCAAGAUGAAGAAGUAUUGCAUUUCGUUACUACAGGCUUAAAAACCAAGAGUCAUAAAGUUACAGCUAGAUGCCGAAUAAAAAAAUGA